AUGUUCUGGGAAAUACAACUUCAGAAUCAACUUCUAAGCAAUUUGGGGGUUUGUUUUGGUUUGAUUGUGGAUUUGGGUUUAGGUUUUGGUUUGAUUGUGGUGGUGGCGUUUUGGGGUGGAGAGAGUCGGGUUGGGGAAGGAGAUAGGGGUGGUGCCGUCAGCGUGUCGGUGGCGGUGGUGUCCGGCUUUGGGGCAACGGUGCUGACGUUUUACUUUACUCACAAAUGUGCCAUUGCUGCUCCAGUUUUAUUGCCGCCCACUGUGGAAACUACUACAAAAGAUGCGCCUGCAGAUAAAGAAAGAGAGAAAUUCCUCGAAGAACAAGUGUUUUCGAAUCCAUAUGACAUUGACUCACUCAAGAACUUGUUGGAAAUCAAAUUCAACUGUAGAAAGUUUCCUGAAGCAAUUGGCGUUCUCGACAAGUUAAUAGAGCUCAAGCAAGAGGAAACCAAGUGGCUUUUGAUGAAAGCCCAUUUCUAUAUUUAUCUUGGAGAUAAUGAGUUGGCGAAAUAUGGAUUUGGUGAAUUAUUAAAAAAGGACCCUUUUCACGUGGAGGCAUACUCCAGGUUGUUGAUUGACGCCUCACAGGAGGAAUCUAGCAAGAAACUGGAAGAAAUUGAGAAGAGCGUCGAGGAGGUAAUGAAUGUGUGUAAGAAGAAGAAUAAGAAGUUUGAGUUGAGGGAAUUUAAGCUGUUGCUAGCGCAAAUUCGGGUUAUGGAGCGUAGAUAUGACGAGGCCUUGAAGGUUUAUCAGGAGUUGGUGAACGAGGAGCCGAGGGAUUUCAGACCGUAUUUGUGUCAGGGCAUAAUUUAUACAUUAUUAAGGAAAAAUGUUGACGCGGAGAAGAAUUUUGAGAAGUUUAGGAGAUUGGUCCCUAGAGCUCACCCUUAUGCCAGGCACUUUGAGGAUGACUUGAUUGCGGCCAAGAUUUUUGGUCAGAAAAUGUAG